GAGAUUGGGGAACUUGCCGAGACCUCCAAAUCCACAGAAUCACGCGGAAGAAGACUCCUCCCCACUCCCGCAAACCUAUAGCUGCUCGUCUCCAUUGCGCCGCUCGACCUCCUCCUCCCUCCUGCUCAGGUGCGCCGCUGGCCCUCUUCCUCCCUCUCUCAGCUUACAGUUUGUGCAUCAUGGGGACUUCUUCAGGUGCGAAUUUCCAUCAACAGCCUCCGCCCCAGGGGAUGCUGCCGCCUCGCCAUGGUGCUCGGGCUCCGAGCCUGCAGACUUCCCUCUCACUGGCAUCGUCGGAACAGGUUGGCUCGCCUGAAAUGCAGGAACCUGUGUCCAAUUCUGACCAGGGCCAUGACUCUGCUACCGAAAGUGCAAGUUCGAGGGAGACCUGGCCUGUAGAGCCAGAACAGAGCAAUGCUGCUGCUGCUGGUAGUGGCGGUGCUGCGAAGAAGGUGGAGAUGGAAAAGGAUGUCAGAAAUGGUAUCCCCAAGUUGCAGGUUAUUCGCGGAAGCUCCCGCAUCGAUAGGGUGUCCCUGAGGGAGAUUGCGCGGGAGAGAGUGGACCUAGUUGUCGAGAAAAUGAAGGUAAUGCCAGAGGAGCACCUGGAGGAGAUUAAAAAUGAGCUGAGGUCAAUUCUGGAGGGGACAGGGGGUUCGCAUCAUAUUGAGGAGUUUCUGUAUCUGCAGAAGUUUGUCCAGGGCAGAGGUGAUUUGACACCAACUAUGCUUUCUGUGGCCCAUCAUGUCCAACUGGAGAUCCUCGUGGCAAUCAAGACUGGAAUCCAGGCGUUUUUGCACCCCAGCGUCACCAUUCCCCAAAGCCACCUGGUGGAGGUCUUCUUGUAUAAGAGGUGCCGGAACAUUGCUUGCCAGAGUGCUCUCCCGGCUGAGGAGUGCAGAUGCAAUGUAUGUGCUAACAGAAACGGGUUUUGCAACCUUUGCAUGUGUGUGAUUUGCAACAAGUUUGAUUUUGAGGUCAACACAUGCCGAUGGGUUGGGUGCGAUUUCUGUUCCCAUUGGACACACACUGACUGUGCGAUUCGUGUUGGCCAGAUUGGGACAGGGCAAUCAAUUAAGAGCAGCACCGGUCAUGCGGAAAUGCUUUUUAGGUGCCAGGCUUGCCAGAAGACAUCAGAAUUAUUCGGUUGGGUUAAGGAUGUGUUUCAACAAUGUGCUCCUGGUUGGGAUAGGGAUGCCUUAGUACGAGAGCUUGAGUUUGUUUGUAAGAUAUUUCGUCUAAGCGAAGACCCAAAAGGAAGAAAUUUGUUCAGGAAAUGUGCGAAUCUGAUUGAAAGAUUGAGGAAUAGUUCUCCUGAUUCUGUCAAUCCUAGGAUGAUACUGCAUGCACUUCGAGAGCUUGAGAUGGAUUCCCUGAAGAGCUCUGAAAAUGAAGAAUCAGGACGCUUGAUCACUCCCCAGGAGGCAUGUAAUCGUAUUGCAGAGGUAGUCCAAGAAGCUGUCAGAAAGAUGGAGCUUGUUGCUGAAGAGAAAAUGGGACUGUACAAAAAGGCUCGCACCGCCGUGGAGGCCUGUGACCGUGAGCUUGAUGAGAAGGCCAGACAAGUUCAGGAGUUCAAGGCCGAGAGGCUGCGGAAGAAGCAGCAGGUGGAGGAGCUCGAAAGCAUUGUUCGGUUGAAACAGGCCGAGGCCGAGAUGUUCCAGCUCAAAGCAAGCGAGGCCCGCCAGGAGGCUGAGAGGCUCCAGAGCAUCGCGCUUGCCAAAUCUGAGAGGGCUGAGCAGGACUAUGCUAGCCUCUACCUCAAGCGGCGCCUGGAGGAAGCGGAGGCAGAGAAGCAGUUUCUUUUCGAGAAAAUAAAGCUUCAGGACGGCCAUAGGCCCCCGCAGGCGAGCAGCAGCGUGCCUGGUGAUUCCUCUCAGGCGCCCUCUCAGGCGUUGAUGCUGUCCAAAAUUCAGGACCUUCUCAAGAACGUUCGUACCAUGCCGACAAAGUCGGAGGCGCAUUCAAAAUAAGAGCAGCAGUGCUCAUCAGGUUUGGGAUUACAUGUUUGUGUUAUUGUGCUAAUGUAUGGUGACUUAAGUGUGAUGUGUUAGGAGUAUAAUGGGCGGUGCUCCCCCUUGGAAAAUCAAAUAUUAAUGUUGUUGGCUAUAUCGGGAUAUGAUAUACUCAUGUAGGCUACAUAUUUUUAAUUGUUAUUACUUUGAGUAAGAGAUCAAUUCAUUGUUAAAA